UCUAGCCUUCAUCUUCUGUGUCCUUAGAACUCCAGGGCAGGGAAGGCUCACUCAAAAUCCUCCCCACUUCCCUAAGGACCCUCAGAACUUAGCACAUCCCAAUCCAGCCUCAACCCUCCAGUCCCCCUCGGAACUGUGACUCUUCCUCUUUGGGUCUCCUUUGCUCAAGGCAGGGAAGAAGUUGUAGGGAGAAGGCGGAGGAAGGAGGGGUGAUGGCUUCCAACAAUAACAGAGCUGGAAUGGGAAGGGGAAGUUAAGAUCCCAGGCUUGCCAAAUGAACCUGGACUGUUAACAGUGAGUGCCGAAUAGGACCGGAGAGAUCUGGUGGCCACAGCCGCUCUUGGACAUGACUACUAGAAAAGGGCUUUUCCCAGGACAGGCGCUGCUGUCUUUACUGCUCUCGGGCCUUCUGCUCCUGGGGGAAAAGGCAAAGGGCACUUCCUGGGAAUCUCGAAUUGUGGGGGGCGGGGCUGCCCAGAGGGGGCAGUGGCCGUGGCAGGUGAGCCUCCGGGAGCGUGGCCAGCAUGUGUGUGGGGGCUCCCUCAUCAGCCGUCAAUGGGUACUGACUGCGGCCCACUGUGUGCCCAGCUCCCUGAAUCCCCGGGACCUGCAGAUCCAACUGGGGGAACAGAUCCUCUAUACCAAGCCCCGCUACUCCAUCUUAGUUCCUGUGCAUCACAUAGUGUUGCACCCCCAUUAUGACGGGGAUGCCCUUCAUGGAAAAGACAUGGCAUUGCUGAAGAUCACAAGACCUGUACCUUUCUCCAACUUCAUCCAGCCCAUCACUCUGGCCCCACCUGGGACUCGGGUCCCCCAGAAGACCCUGUGCUGGGUGACUGGCUGGGGGGAUAUCAGGAAAAAUGUGCCCCUGCCUCGGUCCUACCCGCUGCAAGAGGUAGACGUGCGCAUCGUGGACACGCAGACAUGCCGCGUCCUCUACGAUCCGGAGCCCAUCGGAGAUGCGAUGCUGUGCGCUGGCCAAGGCCAAGGGCGUAAGAGCUUCUGUGAUGGAGACUCUGGGGGCCCUCUUGUCUGUCAAGGGAGGAACAGAAGGUGGCUCCAGGUGGGUGUGGUGAGCUUCACCUGGGGCUGUGCUGAGCCUCAGUUUCCAGGCGUGUACUCCAGGGUGUCAUCCUUCGUGCCCUGGAUCCGUCAGUACGUGCCUCUGCCCCCUGCAUUGGCGUGACUCCCCCGAGCUCUGGGGACCUCGGAAUCCUGACACCGUUUUCCCAUGGCUGCUCUUCCUGUCUUCCUCUCCCCAUCCUCUUCUCUGCCUGGAGUCCCUCCUGCUCUCCUCAGUUCUCCUAGUCUAGCUCCUAUGUUCCCUGCCCCCUGCACUUACCUCCAUCACAGCCCCAUUCAUGCCCUGGGCCCAAGCAUCAGGAAGGGAAAAACAAGCUCAAGUGGAGGGGCUCAGGGGAAAAGAAGAGAGAUUUGGCACAUGGAAAGGAGCCGAGAAUUGAUGGGUAAAGAUUUCCUGGUCCGGAGGUGCUCCCUGGCUGUGGGCUGAACUGGGGGUGGGAUGAGGCAGAAGAAAGGCAAGGGGAGGGCCAAUGGACACGGAUGGAGUGAGUAGAAGGACGGGGGUCCCACUCUCUUCUAAAAAAGGAAUUAAACUAUUAAACUGUCUGCAAAGAAACCUCCUUCUGCGUCAGCUCCAUCAACCUUCUAAUGGCCUGGUAGUUCCUGAAUGCUCCUAGCUGUGGUGAGGAGACAUUGGAAUGGAAGCUCUGAGACCAGUCACCCUUGGGGUCCCUCCUCAAACCAGGGAUCUCCGCUGAGGGACUGGAGUACAGGAUGGAAAGAGCAAGAGGGCGGAGGCCAUAGGGAUAGGGAAAGAGAAGUCUUUCAGCAUUUUCCUUCAUCUUUCCUUUGUGCCUAGCCCUGUGUUUUGCUCCUGAGGGAGAACUGUCUCCUUCAUUGGCAUUCUUCCUUAAUAGGAGAUACAAGGGGAGCCUCAAAAGCAUGUUGUCAGCCCAGAGCCUGAAAGGCAGCUAGGCAACAUAGUGGAUAGAAUACUAUAAGGGUAACGUGGAGGACCUGGAUUCAAAUCUCACCUCAGAUCAUUAUAGCUGUGUGAUCCUGGGCAAGUCAUUUAAUACCUCUGUGCCUCAGUUUCCUCAUCUAUAAAAUUAAGGAGUUGAACAUGUUGACCUUUAGGAUCCCUUCCAGCUCUAAAUCUAUGCACCCAGCACAUCUGCCCACACUUAACCUUGCCCUCUGAGAAACACCAGGACCAAACACGUCUCUGUGCCAAUGCCAAGGGCUCGGAUCCAAUGGCGAUUGCAUAAACUCACACAAAAGGUCAGUCCAGGAAGGAUCCCGGAUCCUGGGAUGGUGAGGCAGCUUCUGGAGGUGUCCCAGCUUCAGAAUCACACAGAGCCUUCAUUUGGAAUUUACACUUUCUGGCGUGAAACAGCUUUUGAUCUGAUUUCCAGCAUAAACCAGCCCCUUUCCUGAUGGUGGCUGACAAAAGCUAAUCCCACGAGGGGCUGAGACUUUCCCUGGCCCCUGAAAGAUGAGAAGGAAUUGGUUAAAGCAGAGACUGUGGUAUGGACAUUCCUCUGCAGACAUGACCUGGAGAGUAUAAGGGAUCAUCAAAAGACUGGUAUGUCUGAAGGAGAAAAUAUAGUACAGAAGAAAAAGGGGAGGGCAGGGUUCAGUCUAGGGCAAAGAUUAGUCAACCUGGAAAACCAGUUAGCAUUUAGCUAGCUUGGGUUGGGGCUGGGGGCACGGUAGAGAGGACCGGGAUUGGAGGCCAAGUUAAAUUCGUUCAUUUAUUCAACAAGCAUAUAUUUUAUUGAUUGAUUAAGCACUAACUCUGUGCUGGGCUCUGUACUAGGUAUGGGAGAUACACAGAAAGAAAUGUAGAAGUUCCUGCCCUCAAGGAGUUUACAUUCUAUUAAGUCAGAAACCUAGCUCUCCACUGAAGACCUAAGAGGAGAUGGAUUGAGGUUCUGAGUUUAUAAAGCGAUUAAAUGGGGUCAUGCCUAGAGAAAUUCCAUGGAGGCAAACACCAAAUCACUGAGUCACAGCUGUUCCAUGGGAAGGGUACCAUAACUGGUUUUCUGGACCAUGAAUCUCCUCGGUGGUCCUUCUGUGGGUGUCAUUCCUGGAAUAAGAGCUCUGAGUAUUCUAUCCAGGGAAGUAUUCCUCUUUUCCAGACAGAAUAAUGGGGAAAAAUUCUUGGAAGAAGAUUCAUUGAGUAGCUACCAGCCCCUCCACUAGCAGGCCUUCUAGCCCCAAUGUGGCAGAAGCAAGUUCAUUUCAACAAACUAAUUAGAUGUUUCCUGGGUACAAGGCCCUUUUGUAGGUGCUAGGGAGUACAACAAGAAAUGGGACAAAGAUCCUCCUCUAAGAAAAGGAGGAAAAGACAUUUCUACACAUGGCUACAAUACAAGGGAUAUGUGAAGGCCUACUGGAGGAGGUAUUAUUUGAAGGUUUAUUGGAAGGAAAGAAUAAAGAAUAGAUAAUCUAUGUCUCUCCGCCUUCCAUAACCUCAAAGGGGCCUCUGGUAGCAGCUUUUAUUGUUUUCCAACGCCACUUACAAAUACAGAAUCUUUGAAUCUCAGAAUCAGAAGGGGGAAUUGAGAGACUCUCGUCCAAUCCAUAUCUGAUCAUGUAUUCCCCCUAUGACCUCACUAACAAAUGACCAUCCAAUCUUGAAGACCUCCCAUUCCAGAGAACUCACUACCUCAAUGUCCUAGACUCUAGAGGCUAAUUCCAAAGGCUGAAGAGGCAAUCAUUCUCCCCUACCCAUUCUCACAAUCUAACACUAAAGGUCUCUAAUCAAUAAUCAUAUGACAAACUUUACUUCAACAGUCCUGAAAGAUGAAAGCAAAAACCAA